AGGCAAAGGCUCGACGAGCAAUACACCGAGAGACUGAGACUGUCCUCUGGGGUAGCCGGGAAAACGCCGAGACGCUCCAAAUAACAAUAAGAAACACUGAGUUAGCUUUCAUAGCAGCGUCGUAAUAUUAUAUAUUCGCACCAGCCGUCGACAAUGAUGAACGGACAGAUGAACGGCUUCCAUAACUCCCUCAUUGACGAGGACUGCUUCUUGUUCACCUCAGAGUCAGUCGGAGAAGGACACCCCGACAAGAUCUGCGACCAGAUCAGUGAUGCAGUUCUAGAUGCUCAUCUCAAGCAGGAUCCUGAUGCCAAAGUUGCUUGUGAGACUGUUGCCAAGACUGGGAUGAUCCUGUUGGCAGGUGAGGUGACAUCCCGCGCCACAGUGGACUAUCAGAAAGUUGUUCGCGACACCAUCCGCCAAAUUGGAUAUGAUGACUCCUCCAAAGGCUUUGACUAUAAGACCUGCAAUGUUCUUGUGGCUCUGGAGCAGCAGUCUCCAGACAUCGCCCAGGGUGUUCACGUUGACCGUAAUGAGGAGGACAUUGGAGCUGGGGACCAGGGUUUGAUGUUUGGUUAUGCCACUGAUGAGACUGAGGAGUGCAUGCCUCUUACCAUUGUGCUUGCCCACAAGCUGAAUGCGAAGAUGGCUGAAUUGCGACGCAAUGGCACCCUUCCAUGGCUCCGACCAGACUCGAAGACACAGGUUACUGUGCAGUACCGUCAGGACCGUGGUGCCAUGCUCCCCGUGCGUGUGCACACAAUUGUCAUCUCUGUUCAGCAUGAUGAGGAUAUCUGCCUGGAGGAGAUGAGAGAUGCUCUGAAGGAGAAAGUCAUCAAGGCUGUUGUUCCCUGCAUCUACUUGGAUGAUGACACCAUCUACCACCUGCAGCCCAGUGGGCGGUUUGUCAUUGGUGGCCCACAGGGAGAUGCUGGCCUCACGGGACGUAAAAUCAUUGUAGACACGUACGGAGGCUGGGGAGCCCAUGGUGGUGGAGCAUUUUCUGGGAAGGAUUACACGAAGGUGGACCGCUCUGCUGCUUAUGCUGCACGCUGGGUGGCCAAGUCUCUGGUGAAGGCUGAGCUCUGCAAGCGGGUGUUGGUCCAGGUGUCCUAUGCCAUUGGAGUUGCCCAUCCCCUCUCCAUUUCUAUCUUCCACUAUGGGACCUCCCACAAGAGUGAGAGGGAGCUGCUUGACAUUGUGAAGAAGAACUUUGAUCUCCGUCCUGGAGUCAUUGUCAGGGAGCUGGAUCUGAAGAAACCCUUGUAUCAGAGGACAGCAGCCUAUGGCCACUUUGGCCGAGACUCCUUCCCAUGGGAGGUGCCCAAAAAACUCAAAUACUAAACCUGUUAAGCUUUUCCCCCCAGGCUUGUUGGUGUAUACUACAGAGAAGCCUCCAAGGUUCCGGGGUGAAAUGCACUUAUCUCUCACAUAAUAAUGGUAUCAUUUAACACAUGACUCCUUUCCUCGCUCCACACCUCCCUUUUGUCUUGUUACUGUUUUCUACUGGUUGCAGUAUCGUGCUGGGUCCUAGGAGGCAUACCUCUGAAACUUGAUGUUUUAAAGAAUUGAAUGGGUUCCAUGAACUCAUGCACUGUUUAAGUUCAUGUUCUCCCAUGUCUUGAGGCCCCCCUGCUUCUUGUUGUGAUAGACACUGAGUAGUUGCGUGCAGUUGUUCUCCUUUUGGCAUUCCACAUGUCAGUAUCGUCAGUCUUCUAUUCAAUGUCAUGGCGGUAGCAUAUUAGGCUAUAUGCGAUACCCCUCUUAAUUUACUGGUGCUAUUGAUAUAAGGAGUCUGCAUGACAUCUAAAUUUAUUCAAGUCCAUUUAUAAGCAUCAUUUGAUAGUUGGAGUGUCUACUGAUCUAGCACUGUCCCCCCAAAAAGCUUAGCUUUUUUCUUAACAUUCCUCCUCUGUCAGUCUGGUAUACUUAUUCCUUGACCCAGUGUUUUUAUCCUUUUUGUUAGCUUGGCUUUAUCCCCUCUUCUUUGUGGAGGAUGCUAGAAUGGCACAAUUGAAUUUCAAGGGUUGUUGCUGUUGUCACUAAAAAUGCUAUGCAUUGCAGGCUAAGGGGCAAGCCAAAUGCUAAUUAUUCAAGCUCUCAAAUGAGCUUAAGGCCUCAGAUGCCCCUACAGACCUUUGCUGUUUUCUGACGUAAUACAGAAAAGUCAGAAGCUGCUAUGUCACUGCUCUGGUCUGCAGAGGUAUUGGUUAUACUUGAUGGCGAUAGGGAAAAUUUCAAUUGUUUAUGCAUUGAAAAUCAAUUUUAAAUUAGUCCUUUUUAAAUGUAGUUUCACUUGCUUUUUUAUGGUUUGAAGUGACUAAAGGCCCUUUCACUCCUUAAGUUUAUUGACGGCAGGUGUAGCUACAGAGAAACCUGAGUACCAUCUUUAUUCUUAAAGGAGUGUGUUCUUGCCACAGUCUUAUUGGCUAGAAAUCGAACCUCAACACUAUUUAUUUGUUCUCUGAAACUCGGCGUGGAUACAGAGAAGCUGAGGUUUCAGAAGGCAGCUUUAAUCAGACUUGCUUAUUGAAUCUUGGAUUCCGUUUGACUUGAUCAUUUCAGUGUUUGGCUUGAGGCUCCAGAGUGUUGUACAGAAAAGCUUUGGUCCGCCUCAACAGCAGUGUCACAGGCUACUGUAAAUGACUCUUAAAACGUUUUUUAUUUUUGGACUGAAGAUGUUAUUUUUUUAAGUGGGUCAGUUUGGAAAUCCCAUUUAAAAUGUCGGGUGCAAUUCUGUGGCUCUUACCUAUCCUCAUUAUUGCGAUGGCAACAUUUGGUUGGUGUAGUACAGAGAAACCAGCCUUGUUUACAUAGCCAUGCCACAUGAGGGAUAGUUUCAAGUUUUGGUUUUGUUCCCUUUUACCACUCGGAAGUCAUCCCGUUGGCUACAGUAAGUGUAAGAGUGCCUUUUCUAUUUCCUCUACCCCCCUAUUUGCUUUUCUCCCUCCCCACCAACAUGCGUUCAACUUCCAGAGGAACAAGUAGCUCCUACUGUAAUAUGCUUCAUGUCUAGACUGGGUAGUUUCCUUCUGCUCUGUAAUAAACGACUACUCCUUUGAA